AUAAGAAGCGAGUAUAUAAAAACCGAGUCAACAAAAAAGAGGAGAAAUUGAGGAGAAACAAGCAGAGAAGGCCGCCCCGAUCAAAUCAACAAAAUGAUGAUAUAAUCAUGCUAAUUGCUCCGAUCGAAAUUACCUCAGAUUUCCGACAUACAGCUAUCUACGUAGAUAUAUAGAUACAAAGAUACAUACAUAAUAAACGGAGGAGUUUUGGUAUUUAGUAGAUGGUCUGAUGGGUGCUACGGGUUCUAAACUCGAGAAAGCUCUCGGCGACCACUUUCCUGAAGGCGAACGUUACUUUGGUCUUGAGAAUUUUGGUAAUACUUGCUAUUGCAACUCUGUUCUUCAGGCGUUGUACUUCUGUGUCCCAUUUCGUGAUCAGCUGCUAGAGUAUUAUGCAAAUAACAAAAGUUCAAGUGAUGCAGAAGAAAACCUCCUAACUUGUUUGGCAGAAUUAUUUUCGCAGAUAGGCUCUCAGAAGAAGAAAACAGGUGUAAUUGCUCCGAAACGCUUUGUUCAGAGAGUGAAGAAACAAAAUGAACUUUUUCGGGGAUAUGCACAUCAGGAUGCACAUGAGUUUUUGAACUUCCUGUUGAAUGAACUGGUCGAUAUUGUGGAGAAAGAGCACCAGGCAGCAAAAGAUCCUUUAGGAACUUCACCUCCUGAUAAGAUUGCAAACGGGGUAAAGACUUCUCAGGCCAAUGGCGUGAAGAAGGAACCAUUAGUUACCUGGGUUCAUGAGAACUUUCAGGGGAUACUUACUAAUGAGACUAGGUGCUUAAGGUGCGAGACAGUAACAGCAAGGGACGAAACUUUUCUAGAUCUGAGCCUUGAUAUAGAACAGAACAGUUCUAUUACCAGCUGCUUGAAAAAUUUUAGUUCUACCGAGACUUUGAAUGCUGAAGAUAAAUUCUUCUGUGACAAGUGCUGCAGUUUACAAGAAGCACAGAAGAGAAUGAAGAUAAAGAAAACACCCCAGAUUCUGGUUAUCCAUUUGAAGCGUUUUAAAUACAUGGAACAGCUUGGUCGGUAUAAGAAGUUGUCAUACCGUGUUGUGUUCCCGUUAGAGCUGAAAUUGAACAAUACAGUGGAAAACUCGGACUCUGAAUACUCUCUGUUUGCCGUCGUCGUUCAUGUUGGGAGUGGACCCAACCACGGGCAUUAUGUUAGCCUGGUGAAAAGCCAUAACCAUUGGUUGUUCUUUGACGAUGAGAACGUAGAGAUGGUUGAUGAAUCUGCAGUACAAACUUCCUUUGGAUCUGCACAGGAGUAUUCAAGCAACACGGACCAUGGAUACAUCCUUUUUUAUGAGCGAGCUCCCAGCAACGGCUUAAUUAAAAACGUGUAGUCAAGUUUUAUGUCAACAUUCUGGAUGCAGGCAGCGGUCAUUCAUUUGGGUGAGCUCCCUCUAUAAUUGCAUCUUUGGUUCUUCUACAGCAUGUAUGGCCAUUGUAGCCGGCACAAUGAGAAAGUUAAGUUUGAGACGUUUUACAUGUACAGUUGUUAACGGUCUCUUUUUGCUGCUUAGAGCAACUCCAAGGCAUUAGACCUCUUAGGUAAAAGUGUUUAUGUGGCAACUACAUGGCAUCUAUGUGGCACAUUUUAGACAAUAGGUAAAAAUUCUACACUCCAA